AUGGAGGUUCUGGCACCCAACAACUCGUCUACCGCGGCGGCGGUGACGUUCAUCACAUUCGUACAAGACCUCAAGCGCAAGACCAAGGCAUGGGGACCCAUGAUCGAGCUCUGUGCAUCGGGCGAGAAGACGCUCGAGCGUUUCAGAUACCAAUUCCCAGACGACUGGCUGUACUCGGACCAACUACGCGGAGAGUGGAGCGCCUACAACGAGAUCCUCAAGCGCAAGAACGACUCGAUCCAGGAGCAGCUCGCCGGCUUACAACUGAAGAUUGUCGCUGAGGACAAGAUCGUAGAGAACAAGAUCAACGACGUGCUCGCAGAGUGGGAGCAGACUCGGCCAGUCCAGGGCAACAUGCGCGCGGAUACGGCCAUGAACACCAUCAAUGUCUUCGAGGGAAAGCUCUCGCGUGUACAGGAAGAGUACGAUCUCGUCUGCCGCGCCAAAGAAGCUCUCGACCUUGAGCUCGUACGGCAUACCCGGCUCGAGCCCGUAUUUGAGGAAUUGCGCGACCUCAAAGCGGUCUGGACAGCGCUGUCGGGGAUAUGGAGCCAGAUCGGAGAGCUGCGAGAGCUUUCUUGGGCGACCGUUCAGCCAAGGAAGUUGAGGCAGCAGAUUGACGGUCUACUGAGCAGUACUAAGGAUAUGCCCACGCGCAUGCGCCAGUACGCCGCGUUCGAGUAUGUCCAGGAGGUCCUCCGUGGUCUGCUCAAAUCCAACUCCCUCGUCGGCGACCUCAAGAGCGACGCUCUCAAGGACAGACAUUGGCGGCAACUUUUCAAGAACCUCAAGACGGCCUCGCAGCCCACUUUGACGCUGCUGACACUAGGCAACGUCUACGACCUGGACCUCAAGAAGAACGAAGCUCUCAUUCGAGAGGUCAUUGUACAGGCGCAAGGAGAGAUGGCUCUCGAGGAUUACAUCAAGCAAGUCAAGGAGACAUGGAGCAAUUACGCCCUGGACCUUGUGAACUACCAGAAUAAGUGUCGCCUGAUCCGUGGCUGGGAUGACUUAUUCAAUAAGUGUGGUGAGAACUUGAACUUCCUCGUGGCGAUGAAGCUUUCACCAUACUACAAGGUAUUCGAGGAGGAGGCUAGCUCUUGGGAAGAAAAGCUGAACCGAAUCCAUGUCUUGUUCGAUGUCUGGAUUGACGUCCAACGCCAAUGGGUUUAUCUCGAGGGUAUCUUCUCCGGCAGCGCAGAUAUCAAGCAUCUACUGCCGGUUGAGAGCGCCCGAUUCCAGAACAUCAAUACCGAGUUCCUCGCUGUCAUGAAGAAGGUGUACAAAUCGCCCUUCGUGCUCGACGUCAUGAACAUCCCUCAGAUCCAGAAGUCGUUGGAGCGCCUUGCCGACCUUUUGAACAAGAUACAGAAGGCUCUCGGAGAGUACCUCGAGCGCGAGCGUGCCUCUUUCCCGCGCUUCUACUUUGUUGGUGACGAGGACCUGCUCGAGAUCAUCGGCAAUAGCAAGGAUAUUCUGCGGAUCAUGAAGCACCUCAAGAAGAUGUUCGCCGGUAUCGCAACCGUACGGCUAGACGACGACUUGACGCAGAUUCAAGCCAUGUCAUCGCGCGAGGGCGAGGAAGUCGUCUUCUACGAGCCUAUCCUGCUCAAGGAUUACCCGAAGAUCAAUGAUUGGCUCUCGCGAAUCGAGUACUCAAUGCGCAUCUCCCUCGCGCACCUCUUGACAGACGCCGUCGACGAGUUACAAGAGUUCUACACCGCUGGCGCAACAAUUCCCACCGAUCGGUUUCUCGCUUGGACGGAGAAGUUCCCGGCUCAGCUGGUCACGCUCGCCAUUCAGGUAGCAUGGACGACGACGAUCGAGACCGCCUUCGAGAGCGGGGCUCCACUAGAUGGCCCGUUGGACAUCGUGCGGCAGAGUUUGGACCUUCUCGCGGACGUUGUGCUCACGGAACUGAGCCCCGUCACGCGCCGCAAGUGCGAGCAUCUCAUCACCGAGCUCGUGCAUCAACGUGACGUGACGCGCUCCCUGAUUCAACAGCGCGCGAGCAACAACAAGACUUUCGCCUGGCUGUACCAGAUGCGUUUCUAUCUAGACCGUACUCAAGAGCCCCUCGAGCGUUUGGCCAUCCGCGUCGCCGAUGCCACCUUCCCAUACGGAUGGGAGUACCUAGGUGUACCCGACCGCCUCGUUCAGACGCCUCUUACGGAUCGUUGCUACCUCACGCUCACGCAAGCACUUGACAACCAGCUUGGCGGCGCACCCUUCGGACCCGCAGGCACAGGCAAGACCGAGUCUGUCAAAGCCCUCGGUGUCCAGCUCGGUCGCUUUGUGCUAGUCUUCUGCUGUGACGAGACGUUCGAUUUUCAGGCCAUGGGUCGUAUUUUCGUUGGAUUGUGUCAGGUCGGCGCGUGGGGAUGCUUUGACGAGUUCAAUCGGCUGGAGGAGAGGAUUUUGAGUGCUGUCAGUCAGCAGGUACAGAGCAUUCAGCAAGGUCUUGCGGCAUUAGUGAAGAAUCCAAACGCGGAGAUCGAGUUGGUUGGGAAGAGUCUCAAGAUCAACAAGAACAUCGGUAUCUUCAUCACCACCAAUCCGACAUAUGCCGGUCGUUCACAAUUGCCGCCGAAUUUGACGAAGCUCUUCAGGCCGAUGGCUAUGACCCGUCCAGACCGCGAGCUCAUCGCACAAGUCAUGCUAUUCUCGCAAGGUUUUCGUACUGCCGAGUCCCUUGCCUCCAAGAUCGUUCCCUUCUUCAACUUGUGCGAUGAACAACUUUCCCCGCAGCCCCACUAUGACUUCGGUCUGCGCGCACUCAAGGCUGUACUUGCGAGUGCCGGUAUUCUCAAGCGUGAACGCAUGCAGCUGGCGCGCGAGGCAGGCGAGAACUUCGACGUCGGCGGUAUCUCGGACGCCACCUCAGAGCAGGUUAUCGUCAUCCAGAGCGUCACCGAGACAAUCGUGCCGAAGCUUGUCGCGGACGAUGUACCUCUCUUGACAUCGCUCCUUGCCGAUGUAUUCCCCGGCACGGAGUAUGUCCCUGUCGACCUCGGUGCCCUCCGCGAACACAUCGGGAAAGUCUGUGACGAACGCAGACUUGUGCAAGGCGAGCGCUGGAUUAGCAAGAUCCUUCAGCUGUACCAGAUCCAGAAGAUUCAGCAUGGUCUUAUGAUGGUCGGCCCAUCCGGUAGCGGCAAGACGAACGCGUGGCAGGUCCUACUCGCUGCCCUUGAGCGACUGGAUGGCGUCGAAGGUGUUGCGUAUGUUAUCGACCCUAAGGCGAUGCACAAGGACGCGCUAUACGGAACUCUUGAUCAAACGACACGCGAGUGGAACGAUGGGCUCUUUACGCACGUGUUGCGUAAGAUCGUGGACGAUGUUCGUGGAGAGAGCGCAAAGCGGCACUGGAUAAUCUUCGACGGCGAUGUCGACCCUGAGUGGGUUGAAAACUUGAACAGUGUUCUCGACGACAAUAAGCUUCUAACGUUGCCGAACGGUGAACGUCUGAACUUACCAUCAAACGUCCGCAUCAUGUUCGAGGUCGAGCACCUCCGUUAUGCCACCCUUGCUACUGUCAGUCGCUGUGGAAUGAUCUGGUUCAGCGAGGAUGUCGUUGAGCCGUCAAUGGCCUACCGCCAGUACCUCACUGCACUCGCCACUGUACCGAUAGACGCAGAAGACGAGGACGCUGCUGAGCUUCCUGGGCGGCGUCCAGCGGACGACAAUGCGGCCACCAGUGCCAAUCUCAUCACGCAGAAGGAGAUCGCGACCAUUCUGGAGCCUUACUUCGCCGAUGGCGAACUGGUCAGCGCGGCACUCGGCUAUGCAUCGUCCAUUGAACACAUCAUGGAUUUCACGGACACGCGCGCCCUCAACACACUGUUCUCGCUCCUGAACAAGACCGUUCGCAACGUACUUGAGUACAACUCGCAGCACCCCGACUUCCCCCUUGCGCCCGAUCGCGUCGAGCAGUACGUCUCAAAGCGCCUACUCGUCAGUCUAGUCUGGGCAUUCUCUGGAGACGCCAAGCUUGACUUGCGCGCGGAACUGGGCAACUUUCUCGCGAAGCAAACCGGCAUUGAUCUACCUCCGUUACAGCCAGGGAGCUCGCUCAUUGACUACGAUGUUCAAGUCGGCUCCGGCGAUUGGGCGGCAUGGGCGGGCAAGGUACCGCAGAUCGAGAUCGAGCCUCACGCCGUCACUGCGUCGGACGUGGUCGUGCCCACUAUGGACACUGUGCGCCACGAGGAGGUCUUGUACUCCUGGCUAUCAGAGCACAAGCCGCUCAUGCUCUGCGGUCCCCCCGGUUCCGGAAAGACGAUGACGCUCUUCAGCGCGCUCCGCAAACUCCCGGAUAUGGAGGUCGUAGGCCUGAACUUCUCGAGUGCAACGACGCCCGAGCUCAUCCUGAAAACCUUCGAGCAGUAUUGCGAGUAUCGCAAGACGCCCAACGGGGUCAUUCUCGCUCCCAUUCAGCUCGGCCGCUGGCUCGUCGUAUUCUGUGAUGAGAUCAACCUGCCCGCAGCGGACAAGUACGGCACGCAGCGCGUCAUUUCCUUCAUCCGUCAACUCGUCGAGUGCGGUGGGUACUGGCGCACAACGGACAUGUCCUGGGUCAAGCUAGAGCGCAUCCAAUUCGUCGGCGCGUGCAAUCCGCCUACUGAUCCCGGUCGCGUGCCGCUCAGUCAUCGUUUCCUUCGUCAUGCGCCACUUGUCAUGGUCGACUAUCCUGGAGAGGUUUCCCUCAAGCAGAUCUACGGCACCUACGUUCGCGCGAUUCUCAAAGUCGUUCCGAAUCUCCGCGGUCAUGCAGAGCCACUCACAGACGCUAUGGUCAUGUUCUAUCUCGCGUCGCAGAAGCGCUUUACGACCGACAUGCAAGCGCAUUACGUAUACAGUCCGCGUGAGCUCACACGCUGGGUGCGUGGCAUCUACGAGGCGAUUCGACCACUCGAGGUACUGAGCGUGGAAGGUCUGGUACGCGUAUGGGCCCACGAGUGUUUGCGCUUGUUCCAGGACCGUCUUGUUUCUGAGGAGGAGAGGCAAUGGACCGACGAGAGGAUCGACCAGAUGGCGAUGGAACACUUCCCCACGAUCAACCAGGAGGAGGCCCUCAUGCGGCCUAUCUUGUUUUCUAACUGGAUGUCAAAGAACUACAUGCCGAUCGACCGCGAACAACUGCGCGAGUACACCAAAGCUCGUCUGCGUGUAUUCUACGAGGAAGAACUAGACGUGCCGCUGGUGUUGUUCAAUGACGUGCUCGACCAUGUUCUUCGUAUCGACCGUGUCUUCCGCCAGAUUCAGGGCCACAUGCUGCUCAUCGGUGUUAGUGGUAGUGGAAAAACCACGCUAUCGCGCUUCGUCGCCUGGAUGAACGGCCUCAGCAUCUUCCAGAUCAAGGUUUCCAACAAGUAUACCGGUGACGACUUCGACGAGGACCUGCGUAUAGUGCUCAAGCGUUCCGGUACGAAGGGCGAGAAGAUCUGCUUCAUCAUGGACGAAUCCAACGUCCUCGACUCCGGUUUCCUCGAGCGCAUGAACACGCUCUUAGCGAACGCCGAGGUCCCGGGUCUGUUUGAAGGCGACGAGCACGCUGCACUCAUGACAGCCUGCAAGGAGGGCUCGCAGCGCGACGGCUUGAUGCUUGACUCACACGAAGAACUGUACCGCUGGUUCACGCAACAAGUCGCAAAGAACCUCCAUGUCGUCUUCACCAUGAACCCACCGGAGAAUGGACUUGCAUCUCGCGCCGCGACAUCGCCCGCCUUGUUCAAUCGCUGCGUGCUGGACUGGUUCGGUGACUGGUCCGACCAGGCAUUCUACCAGGUUGGCAUGGAGUUCACGCACACCCUCGAUCUCGAUCUCUCGUCAUACUCCCCGCCUGCACACUUCCCCAUCGCGUACCGCGAGCUCUCUUUGCCGCCCAUCCACCGCACAGCCGUCGUGAACGCGCUCGUCUUUGUGCACAUGUCGAUGUACCAGAUUAACCAGCGCCUCAGUCGGCGUCAAGGCCGGUACAACUACGUCACGCCUCGACACUACCUCGACUUCAUCAACCACUACGUCCGUCUCUAUAAUGAGAAGCGCGACGAGCUCGAGGAACAGCAGCGUCACUUGCACGUCGGGCUCGAUAAGCUCCGCGAUACGGUCACUCAAGUCGAAGAUCUGCGGAAGAGUCUCGCGGUCAAGCGCACACAGCUCGAGGCGAAGGACAAGGAGGCCAACGAGAAGCUGCAGCAGAUGGUCCGCGAUCAGCAGGACGCUGAGCAAAAGAAGGCGGCAUCGAUCGAGAUCCAGGCCGCCCUCGUCGAGCAAGAUAAGAACAUCGAGCAGCGCAAGUCUGUCGUCAUGGCCGAUCUCGCCGACGCCGAGCCGGCCGUGCUCGACGCGCAGGCUGCCGUCAGCAGCAUCAAACGUCAGCAUCUGCAGGAAGUCCGUGCUAUGGCGAACCCUCCUGAGCCCGUCAAGCUCACCAUGGAGUCCGUCUGUACUGUCCUCGGCCACAAGAUCGAUAGCUGGCGUACCGUCCAGGGACUCAUCCGUCGUGACGAUUUCAUUCAGCGCAUCGUCAACUUCGACACGGCGAACCAGAUGACGCGCCAUGUCCGCGAAACGAUGAAGAAGAACUUCCUGAGUCACCCGUCCUUCAACUACGAGACGGUCAACCGAGCAUCGAAGGCGUGUGGUCCGCUCGUCAAAUGGGUCAUUGCGCAGGUCCGCUUCUCCGAGAUUCUCGACCGUGUCGAACCACUUCGCAACGAGGUGCAAUCUCUUGAGGACCAGGCGGAGCAGACGAAGCAGCAGGCGUCGACUAUCAUCAACAUGAUCAAGGAGUUGGAAGCCAGCAUUGAGCGCUAUAAGGGCGAGUACGCUCUCUUGAUUAGUCAGACCCAGGCUAUUAGGAGCGAGAUGGAGCGUGUGCAGAGCAAGGUCGACCGCUCGAUGCAACUACUCGAGAGUUUGUCCUCAGAGCGCGUCCGUUGGGAGGCAGGUAGCGCGACAUUCGAUGCGGAAAUGAGCACUAUCGUCGGUGACGUCUUGCUCUCCGCCGCGUUCCUCGCCUAUGGUGGCUUCUUCGAUCAGGCGUACCGCGAGGGCAUGUGGCAUGAAUGGACCAGCCAUCUCAUGGAGGCGAACGUGAAGUUCAAGCCCGAACUCGGCUUCACUGAAUACCUCUCAACCGCCGACGACCGGCUUAGUUGGCAGUCAAAGGGCCUUCCCUCCGACAACCUCUUUACGGAAAACGCCAUCAUGCUCAAGCGCUUCAGCCGCUAUCCGCUCAUCAUCGACCCUACAGGUCAGGCAACGAACUUCCUACUCAACGAAUACAAGGAGCGCAAGAUCACCGUCACGAGCUUCCUCGACGAGGCCUUCCUCAAGGUCCUCGAGAGUGCUCUGCGUUUCGGAAAUGCGCUGCUCAUUCAGGAUGUCGAGCAUCUUGACCCUAUCCUGAAUGCCGUUCUCAACAAAGAGAUCCGUCGCACUGGUGGCCGUGUUCUCAUACGGCUUGGCAGCCAAGACAUCGACUUCUCGCCAUCGUUUACGAUGUUCCUCACAACACGUGAUCCGUCCGUCGAGUUCUCUCCGGAUAUCUGCAGUCGUGUCACAUUCGUCAACUUCACGAUGACAAGGAGCAGUUUGCAGAGCCAGUCGCUAGAUCAAGUGCUUAAGGUUGAGCGCCCCGACACGGAGCAGAAGCGCACGGACCUCAUGAAGGUCCAGGGCGAAUUCCGAGUGCGCUUGCGCACGCUCGAGAAGUUGCUUUUGCAAGCGCUCAACGAGUCAACCGGCAACAUUCUCGACGACGACAAGGUCAUUGAUACGCUGGAGACUUUGAAGAGGGAGGCUGCCGAGAUUACUCGCAAGGUCGAGGAGACAGACGUGAUCAUGAAAGAAGUUGAACAAGUCACAGCGGAAUACCUGCCCAUUGCGCAAGCAUGCAGCGCUGUAUUCUUCGUUCUCGAACAGCUCAAUCUCGUCAAUCACUUCUACCAGUUCUCCUUGCACUUCUUCCUCGAGAUCUUCGAACACGUCCUGCACCACAACCCGCAUCUCCAAGGCGUCACGGAUCACGCUGCACGCCGGGAGAUACUUCUCAAGGACCUCUUCCUCAUCAUCUACAAGCGCACGUCUCGCGCACUCCUGCAUCGUGACCACGUCAUGCUCGCUGUGCUUCUCGCUCAAGUUAAACUACGAGGCAUCGAGGACAUCGCGGACGAGCUUGAGUUCCUGCUUGAAGCGGGCGAUCCGGCAGUGGCAACGGAGAUUGAGAAACCUAUCGCAGGCCUCACUGCAGACCAACAACGCCGUCUGGAGUUCUACGCGAAACAGACUCUCUUCAAGCCCGUACAAACGCACGUCCUUGAUCACGAGGAUCAAUGGGCUGAAUGGGUCAAGUCUCCGCAGCCUGAGAAGUCCGUUCCGGCACCCUGGGAGCCUGGCACUCCCGCUCUGGAGGCCAUACGAUCGGUGCUCAUUAUCCGAUGCCUUCGCCCAGAUCGCCUCCUGCAGGCUCUUUCGCCUUUCGUGCAAACCGUCUUCGAAGUCGACAUGGCGGGAGAAUCUUCUUACGACUUGGGAACCGUGGUCAACGAGGAGGUGAAAUCGCAAACGCCGUUGGCACUCGUCUCCGUACCGGGUUACGAUGCAAGCUACCGCGUCGAGAGCUUGGUUCAGACAACGCAGACUCGUUGUUCCUCUGUGGCCAUGGGCUCGCAAGAGGGUUUCGCUUUGGCCGAUCAAGCCAUCGGUGUUGCCUCACGCCAAGGCACUUGGGUCCUGCUCAAGAACGUCCAUCUCGCACCAUCAUGGCUCGGCCAGUUGGAGAAGAAGCUGCAAACGCUCAAUGCGCACCGCAAUUUCCGUGUUUUCCUCACUAUGGAGGCAAACCCAUCCAUCCCUGUCAACAUUCUCCGCCAAUCGCGCAUCUUCAUGAACGAGCCACCUCCCGGUAUCAAGGCCAACCUAUCCGACUCGUUGCGCUCCAUUGGACCAGGUCGUCUGUCACAAGGCCCGGCCGAGAAAGUUCGGUUAUACUUCCUGCUUGCCUGGUUCCAUGCCGUCGUGCAGGAGCGUUUGCGCUACGUACCUCUUGGUUGGAGCAAGUCGUACGAUUUCAACGACUCAGACAUGGCCUCCGCAUUCACCACUAUCGACCACUGGUUGCAUUCCAUCGCGAAGGGGCGCGCGAACGUCGACCCAGCCCAAAUCCCCUGGGAUGCUAUCCGGACACUCGUGAAGCAGUCUGUGUAUGGUGGUCGUGUAGACAGCGACUUUGAUCAGCGCAUUUUGGACGCCUUUGUCGACGGUCUAUUUACGCCUGCUGCUUACAACGUGGAUUUCGAUCUGGUCUCGAGCAACAACGCGGCACACAUGCUGACAGCACCGGACGGCACGAAACUGGACAACUUCCUUGCCUGGGUCAAGGGUCUGCCUGACCGUGAACCACCGUCCUGGCUAAGCUUGCCACCUACGGCUGAGCGUGUCAUUGCCAUCUCGCAGGGUAACGAGCUUCUCGGCAAACUCCGCAAGAUGCGCACGCUUGCAGACGAUGAGGAGGAUGCAUCAACGAGCGGACCCGCAAGCGCGUCUGCCUCACAGCAGCCAGCAUGGAUGCGCACUCUACAUGAUCGCAGCAAGGAAUGGCUUGAACAGCUCCCUCAGAACUUCAAUACGCUGCAGAAGCAGUCGGGCGACAACCAAGACCCUCUCUUCCGUCUCUUCGCGCGCGAGGGUGGUAUCGGCGCUAAGCUACUUCGCUCAGUACGCAAGGAUCUCGCGGAUAUCGUGCUCGUCUGCAAGGGCGAACUCAAGCAGACGAAUCAUCUGCGCACGCUCAUGAGCUCUCUGACGAAGGGCACCAUCCCCGACCACUGGCGGAGAUACAAGGUUCACAAGAACAUGUCCGUGUCAGAGUGGGUACCCGACCUCGCGAGGCGACUCGCGCAGUUGGAUACUAUCGCGGGUCUCGACAACCUCUCGAACGUCGAGGUUUGGUUGGGUGGCUUGUUCUUCCCCGAGGCAUACAUCACUGCGACGCGCCAGGCCGUCGCGCACCGCAAGAAAUGGUCGCUAGAGACUCUGCAUAUGCGCCUCGACAUUGAACGUGUAAACGACCCUGGCGCUUUCAUUGUGGACGGGCUUGUGCUUGAGGGUGCAUCGUGGGUCGAGGAACAACUCGUUCUCAACCAGGGCGAGUCCGUCCGCCUCAACCCAUCGCAGAUACGUUGGAUCCAGAUCGAGGACGUCUCGGCGGCGGAUACCUCUGGGCUCGUCAAUUUACCCGUAUACCUCAAUAACGAUCGCUCGGAUGUGCUCUUCACGCUUGACUUGCCAUUCGAAGGUGCUUCUGCGGCUCAGGUUGCGACUCGCGCUGUCUGCUUGACGGCGGGCGGCUAG